CGCGCAUGCGCGCCAACGGCACGUCCUAUAUAAGGCCCCGCGAGCCCGCAUGCGCGUGGAGACGGUUGGGCUUUCCCCCCCUGCUCGGGCGAAGAUGUCGCGGUAUGGCCGUUACGGUGGAGAAACCAAAGUAUAUGUUGGUAAUCUAGGAACUGGUGCUGGUAAAGGUGAACUUGAGAGAGCUUUCAGCUACUACGGACCAUUACGCACAGUAUGGAUUGCGCGAAAUCCUCCAGGAUUUGCGUUUGUUGAGUUUGAAGACCCAAGAGAUGCUGAAGAUGCAGUUCGUGGGCUAGAUGGAAAAGUGAUCUGUGGCUCUAGGGUUAGAGUGGAGUUAUCAACCGGUAUGCCACGCCGGUCUCGCUAUGAUAGACCCCCAGCGCGCCGGCCAUUUGAUCCCAAUGAUAGAUGUUAUGAGUGUGGCGAGAAAGGUCAUUAUGCUUAUGACUGUCAUCGCUACAGUCGUCGGAGAAGAAGCAGGUCACGCUCUCGAUCUCAUUCAAGGUCCAGAGGAAGGAGAUAUUCUCGCUCACGUAGCCGAAGCCGUGGCCGGAGAUCCAGGUCUGUCUCUGCUCGGAGAUCAAGAUCACUCUCCCCUCGGAGAUCCAGAUCUGUCUCGCCACGCAGAUCCCGUUCAGGUUCUUUAAAAAGAUCAAGGUCUCGGUCAAGGUCAAGAUCCAGGUCCAGGUCCGUUUCACGACCCAGAAGCAGCCGUUCCAAAUCAAGAUCACCAUCUUUAAAGAGAAGUUUUGAUAUGAGCCAUUUAUAUCCAUUCUCCAUUAACUCAGGUCGUUCGCCAUCAGGAAGCCCUCGAAGGAGUGUGAGUCCUGAAAGACUGGAUUAGAAUUGCAAAGAACGUGAUAGGAAGAAUUUUGUUUACGUUAUUUUAAGGGAUUUCUUUGGUGUUAUUGACAAAUGUAAGGAUUUAGUUGAUUGAAAACCUUUUCUAGGGCUAACGCAGCGAGGAUCUUGAUCUUCUAGUAAAAUCUGUAAAAGCUGCUACAUUAGACUAGUGCACAAUUUCUGUAUGUAAUAACAUCCUGUGAUCUGAAAAGUGGGUCUUUUUAUGGGCACAUGAAAUAAAAUGUGUAUUUCUAA